AUGGGGGCGCCCAGCCUCACGGCGCUAAUACCGCUACUAUUUCUCCUGGCGGUAUACCACUUCGCGCAUGGCGCUGCCGCUUCAACAUCAAAUGCACCUGUCACCGCCGGUUACGUCGACGAAGACACAGGCGUGGCAUUUAACGAGUCUCAGCCGUACGAGGGCUGGGGCGAGAUGUCCUUAAUGGACCUGGAGGCCGCCGCGAAAGCCGCCGCGAGCGGCGCUGCGGAGGCCGAGCACGCAUCAGCGGCGAGCUCGUCUGAUUCUGACGGGCGCGUUUCGGAUGAAGGAAACGACGAGCGCGGGUUGCGCCGGAGCCUAGCCGGCAGCUCCGCGCUAAGCCCACUCGCGACCGCGUGGCAUAGUCUCCUAAUUGCGCAGUACAUGAGUCGAACCACGGCGUGCGGCGCAACGCUAACGCGCGCGUGCCGCGCGCUGCAGAUGGCGGACAGCCUGGUGAAGUCGGGGAAACCGGGACAAGCCGUCGCGCAGACCAAGCUGGCAAGCUUGCUUGCACGCGCAUGCGAGGGGAGCGUCCCGGCGAACGCGGCGCAGCAAAUACGCCUCGCCCUGCCGCAGAUAGGCCUGGGGCAGAAUGCUCUUUUGGCUAGUGGGUCGAAAUCUGUCCAACCUUCAAGCACGAGCGCGUCUGGAAAGGGAACGACCUCGACUGGCAGGAAGAAGGGAGGGCACAAGUGGAAGGAUACCGAAGCCACGAAGAACCGCAAAAAGGGAGGCCAUAAGUACAAGAAUGUCCCAGCCUCGAGUAACCGCGUGAAGGGGGGCCACAAGUACAAGCGGGGCGCCAGGAGACGUGGUUCGCGAAAAGGGGGCAGUUCGCGAAGCGGUUCGCGAAAGAGCGGGAGUUCUUCGAAGGCGUCUGCGAAGAAAGAUAGCGAUAUCGGCUGGUUGGGACACAACGACGUUGCGCAGGGGAUAAUGCAGUGGUUGCCGUAUGGUAACCCGAUCGACGACUGCUGGAUGGGUCCCAACUGGCAAGCGACACCGACGAAAUUGGCGAGCUGCGUCGAGGGUUACGCGACGGGAACCACGGGCGGCGCGAGCGGGCGCAUUUACCACGUGACGUCGAAUCAGGACGAUCUGAUCAACCCCAAGCCGGGCACUCUGCGAUAUGGCGCGACCCGGGCCGAGCCGCUGUGGAUUGUAUUCGAUGACGAUUUUGACUUUAGCGGGCUGGAUGCGGAGAUCAUCGUGUAUAACGACAAGACGGUGGACGCGCGCGGGCGAAAGAUAACGAUGGGUAACGGGCCGUGCAUGGCCAUCGAGUUUUCGCACAACGUCAUCGUGCACGGCAUGGCGUUCAAGAACUGCAAGAACCGAGUCGGUGCUACAAGGCUGACCACGGGCCCGGAUAACACAGUGAGCGGGCGAAACUACCUUAACGGGUACGGGCUGUACAUCUACGCGUCGCACCACGUGUGGGUGGACCACUGCUCGUUUGACUACGCGGAUGACACCCACAUUGAUAUUGUCGCGACCAGCACUGCCGUCACCGUCUCCAACUGUUACUUUACAAAUCAGGAUAAGGUUAUCCUGAUGGGGCAUGAUGACACGUACAGUGCUGACCGUGCCAUGCGUGUAACUGUCAUGCUGAACAAGUUCGGUCCGAACCUGUCGGAGCGCCUGCCUCGGGGCAGGUUCGGGCAGUUCCACGUGGUGAACAACUACUACCCGAACGGAUGGGGCAUUUAUGCCAUUGGUGGCAGCGCUGACCCGACGUUUCUGAGCGAGGGGAACUACUUCGUGGCCAAUAAUGUUCCGUAUCUCAAGGAGGUGACGAAGCACAACAUAGCAGCAGGGCAGUCAACGUACAUGAACUGGGACUGGCAGUCUGUAGGAGACCACUUUGAGAACGGGGCGUUCUUCACCGAGAGUGGAUCGCCGGGAUAUAAACCUCCAUACUCCUACAAAGCAAUUAGUGCUCUCGAGCUUCAAGGAGAGAUUGACCGGGUGCUUAAGAAGGUCCAAGAAGGGGUAGAGAUUUUCGACGGCAUAUGGAAUAAGGUGUACGACACGGAGAACCUGAACCAGAAGGAGAAGUUCGAGGCGGACCUGAAGAAGGAGAUUAAGAAGCUGCAGCGGUACCGCGACCAGAUCAAGACAUGGAUCCAGUCCAGCGAAAUCAAGGACAAAAAGGCGUUGCUGGAUGCGAGGAAGCUGAUAGAACGGGAGAUGGAGCGGUUCAAAGUGUGCGAGAAAGAGACCAAAACGAAAGCCUUCAGUAAAGAGGGGCUCGGCCAACAACCAAAAACGGAUCCAAGGGAAAAGGCCAGGUCGGAGUCUCGUGACUGGUUGAAUCAGAUGGUGAGCGAGUUGGAGUCGCAGAUUGACGGGUUCGAGAGCGAAAUGGAGGGGCUGCAAGUCAAGAGGGGCAAGCAGCGCCCGCCACGCCUGAUGCAUCUGGAGGAGUCGAUCACGCGGCACAAGGCGCACAUCACGCGGCUGGAGAUGAUUCUGCGGCUGAUGGACAACGACGAGCUCAGCCCCGAGCAGGUCACUGACGUGAAGGACCUCGUGGAGGACUAUGUUGAGAGGAACCAGGAUGAUUUUGACGAGUUUGGAGAGCCGGACGAUCUGUACGAGUCGCUGCCUCUCGAGAAGAUGGACGCCCUCGAGUCGCUUGAGUCGGUGCCCAUCGUGCCGCAGGCCAUUGUGGUGAAGGAGAAGGCUGCUGUCGCUGCUGCCUCGGGGCUUGCACUCCCCAAGUCCAUCCUUACCGCUUCUUCCCUGCCGAAAUCGGGACCAGCAGGAGCACUCGCGCAUCCCUCACCCCCCUCCGUCUCUUCAGACACAUCUGAUUCGGAAGGAGGUGUGGGGGGAGAGGAAGGAGCAGGAGGGGCAGGGCAUGGGGUGGGAAGUGUGGGGGGUAAGAGAGUGGGUCCUGGUAUAGGGGAAGUAGCAGGGGGAGUGGCAGGGCGGCAUAGCAGAUCUGCAGAUCUUGGGCCUUCCAAUGGGACGGCAGGAACAGUGUCUUCAGGCUCGGCAGGAGGUUCGGCAGCCAGUGCAGGCCCAGGACCUAGGUCUAUCACCUCUCCUCCUCCCCCGUUUGCCGUUUCUGGCGCAGCCGCACCUGCCACUGCCGGGCCUCCAGGCUCGGCUGUGCCUAGCUACUCGCACGCUGCAGCUGGCGGGGUGCAGCAGCAAGCAGGCGAAGCAGCAGCAGCAGCAGCAGCAGCUGGGGCAGGGCUGUUGCCUGGGGUCGGGGUGGGUGCUGGUCAGUCUAUCCCUGGGAGUAUCAACGGAGCUACUGUGGUUGGUGUCAACGGCACUAAUGGCGUGGCAACCAGACCUCCCUUGCUCUCCAUGGGUUCUUCUCCCGUCCCUCCCUCUACCCUUGCUUCUGGUCCCACGCAAUCCAGUGCAGUGAUGUCCACCGGCCUUGCUCCGGGUGGCCUCGUUCGUCCGUUUGCAGCCGCAGCAGGUGGGGCACCAGGUGCCUCGUCAGGUGCUGCUGAUGCCACAGCCUCAGCAACGGCAAAUCCAGGCGCGUCCAUCCUGUCAUCCGGCCUUCCCGGAGCAGCAGGCUCGGCGGCAGGCCUCGGAGUAGGCUCGGUGGGAGGCUUGGCGCCGCCAGGUUCGGCAGGCGCAGGAAUGAUGAUGCCAGGCGUGGGCGGCGUGGGAGGGGUGGGGCAGGGAGGGGUGGGAGCAGGGCUGGGAGCAGCAGCAGCAAACGUGCUGAGUGCGCAGCAGAGGAUGUUCAAUGCGGUGGGAGCACAGUGGAGACCAGGGCUUCCCAGUUCGGCUGCUUUUCAGCAGCUGCAGGGAGGCGUGGCUGCUGCUGAUGGCACUGGCGGGCUGUCUGCUCUCCCUGCUGGUGUCCGCUUUCCUCCUGGGUUCCAGCGCACAGAGAUUGCACCGGACCAGAAGCAGAGGUACAUUACUCGGUUUCAGCAGGUGCAGCAGCAGGGGGUCACUGCUGCUGUCAUGGCUGCCGCUGCUGCCGCCGCUGCCGCUGGCGCAGGCUCGGCAGCAGGUUCGGGAGCGUCCCUUGCUGGUUCGACGUCGGCUGGCAACUUGGCGUCUCCUUUGCUGGCCAUGCAGCAGCAUCCUGUGCCCUACGCAGUGCAAUGCCAUAGCCGUUGCCUUCAACCUUGCCUGUGCCAAUACAUCCCGUUUCUGUCCUAUCCUGCCCUUUUUCUUGCCAACUUCCAGCUGUCCCAGUCCCCUCUUCCCCCGCAGCAGCAGCAGCAGCAGCAGCAGCAGCAACAGCAACAGCAGCAACAGCAACAGCAGCAGCAACAGCAGCAAGUACUGGCAACUCAAUCCUCAGCUGCAGGGGUGGGGGCAGACGGUCAGGCAAGGCAGGGUGGAGGGCAGGAGAAGAGCGAGGAUCAGACGCAGGGGCAGGCACAACUGAGGCAGCCCAAGGACUCCGAACGACCCAGGGCCUACAUUCCGAGGAACCCAGCCAUCACGCCUGCCAGCUACCCCCAGGCGCCAGCAGCAGUGCUGGAGCAUCCAGGGCUGUGGGAGCGCCUCGAUAUGGACGUGCUCUUCUUCGCCUUCUACCACCAGCAGGGCACCUAUCAGCAAUACCUGGCUGCGCGCGAGCUAAAGAAGCAGUCGUGGCGCUACCACAAGAAGUACAACACGUGGUUCCAGCGGCAUGAGGAGCCCAAGCUCACCACCGACGACUACGAGCAGGGCACCUAUGUGUACUUUGACUUUCACAUCGUGCAUGACGACUACCAGACUGGAUGGUGUCAACGGAUCAAGACAGAGUUCACAUUUGAGUACAGCUAUUUGGAGGAUGAGCUGCCAGCUGCUUAA